AUGCGUUUCUCAACAUCCUCGGCACUUCUGGCCCUGCCGCUGUUGGCCUCAGCCCAGGGUGAGCAGUUCGAACAGUACAAGGCCCAAUUCCAGAACUUCCUCGGGCAAUUCGGCUCCUACGUGCCAAACCCCAGCAAGCAUGACCCGGUCGGGGCUGCCGAGGCCAAGCUCGGCGAGAUGAAGCUGAACGUCUUGACGCUGGACAACUGGAAGGAUACCCUCUACGAGCCCGUCAAGCCCGAGUCCACCAAGCCAGAGGAGUGGUGGGUUCUGAUCUCGGGCGGCAACAAGACUUGCUUUGGCCACUGCCUGAAGGUCGAGGAGGCCUUCAACCAGACAGCCGCCAAGCUUGCCGUCCUGCCUGACGCCCCUCACGUCGGAUUUGUCAACUGCGACGACCAGCCCAUCCUUUGCAACGCUUGGUCUGCCGGCGCGGGUAGCGUGUGGCUGUUCGAGAUGCUCCCGCCCCCUGCGCCCGUCGACAUCUACAUCAAGCGCAUGAACCUGUCCACGACCGACAGCGACACCUUCCUGGAGCUGUACAAGACCCGUGAGGACAAGAGCCAGUUCCACAAGAAGGACGGAUACUUCCACCCCUUCAACGGCGAGCUCGCCCAGUACGGCCUUGCCGUGCCGCUCGCGUACGCUCUCUGGGGACUCAGCGUCGUCCCAAGCUGGGCCAUGAUGCUGAUUGUCUCCUUCGUCAGCCGGACUUUCAUGUCUCGACGCAUGGCCCCUCCACCGGGUGCUCCUAGCGCCGGUGGUGCUGCCCCCCGGCGGUAA